AGACGCACAUUGAACUCUGGCGGCUGGUGCGCUUCCUCGCAGCUACGCCAAGCUUAAUGGCUGCUCUUGCGCGGGUCCAAUAGCACGGGAGAAGAUUUGGUAGGAAAUGCGCAAUCCGUCGGUGCGCCAUUGCGAUUCGAAAUGGCAAGAUAAGCACUAGGACUCGACGCAUCAUGGAGAAGGGCUCUCUCCCGGUAGCUUAUUCGACUGUCUCGGACAAGCCUGGUCGCAAGCAGAGGCGUUUCAUUGCACUCCUCGCGCUUCUGGCUUGCCUGAAUGGCCUUGUCAUCACUCGACUGUAUACUUCCUCCUCCGAUACGAAUGUUCGCCUCCCGAUUCACGCACAGGCCUCACUCAAUCGCUGCCGUGCUCUCGCCGUUACUCCUGGACCUCCGUCCAACUUCCACGAGCGCGCUUCAUCCGACAGAUUUGUUGCUGGGACCCGGCCCUCGAUCCUGAGAAACGCGCAUAUCUGGACUGGAGAGCACAACGGAACGGAGGUCAUCAAAGGCGAUGUGUAUUUGGAUAAGGGUAUCAUUCAGGGAGUUGGUCGUUUGAGUGCAGCGGUGGAGGAGAUGGCUAGGAGGGGCGAGGCCGAAGUGUUGGAUGUGGGAGGCGCGUGGAUCACACCUGGGAUCGUUGAUAAUCAUUCGCAUCUUGGCGAUGAUGCGUCUCCCGCGCUCAAUGGCGCGGCCGAUACAAACUCGCUCAAAGGAAUCGCUCAGCCAUGGCUUCGGUCUCUGGACGGUUUGAACACCCACGACGAUGCAUACGCCUUGUCUAUUUCUGGUGGUGUGACGACCGCUAACGUCCUUCCCGGAUCAGCAAACGCCAUUGGUGAGGACUUUGUGGCGUCGAUUAACCGCAGUCGAUGCUCAUUCAAUGUCGGUGUAGGUGGCCAGGCGUUCACCAUCAAGCUGCGUAAGACGACUGAAAGGUCGCCCACUGCGAUGCUUUUGGAGCCUCCUGCCAAUAUCAAUGGGUCUUACCGAGAUACAGACCCGGCUGCCCCAUUGCCGUGGCGUCAAAUGAAACAUGCCUGCGGAGAAAACCCUAGCCGGGUUUAUUCUGGAACCCGUAUGGAUACCUUCUGGGCUUUCCGAAAGGCGUAUGAUACCGCCCGCCAGCUCAAGGAGAAACAGGACGAUUUCUGCACCAAGGCUCUUGCCGGGCAGUGGGGCGAUCUCGAAUCCCAAGAAUUCCCCGACGAUCUCCAAUGGGAGGCCUUAGUGGAUGUUCUUCGUGGACGGGUUCGCGUACAAACUCAUUGCUACGAGGAAGUCGACCUCGACGAUCUCAUUAGACUCACCAACGAAUUUAAGUUCCCGAUCGCCGCGGUCCAUCACGCACAUGAGGCCUAUCUAGUCCCCGAUGUAUUGAAGAAGGCCUAUGGGCAUCCACCUGCGGUCGCAAUGUUCGCAGUGCACUCCAGAUAUAAACGCGAAGCCUACAGAGGCUCCGAGUUUGCGCCCCGUAUUCUGGCGGAGAAUGGCAUCAAAGUCAUAAUGAAGAGCGACCACCCGGUCCUUGACUCCCGCUUCCUUCUGUAUGAAGCUCAACAAGCUCACUACUAUGGACUGCCCGACAAUCUAGCCUUGUCGUCCAUCACCACUCAUCCAGCAGAGGCGAUGGCUAUGGACCACCGGAUCGGCUACAUAAAAGAAGGAUGGGAUGCAGAUGUCGUCGUCUGGGAUAGCAACCCCCUUGCACUCGGGGCUACACCCUCCCAAGUUUUCAUCGAUGGCAUUCCUCAACUAAAGUCUCCUUUCGUCGUCAGCAAGCCUCCAGCCCUACAGUCUCCACCUAAAACACCUGACUUCGACAAGGAAAAGGAGGCGACCAUCGAGUACGAAGGCCUUCCUCCAUUGAAGCCAAAGAAAUCCAGCGCAGAGAUCGUCGUUUUCACCAACGUGGGAUCAGUCUAUGUGCCUGAUGCGGAUAAGGUCGAGGAGGUCUUCAGCGCACAGAACCUGGAUCAACAGGGCAUUGUAAUCGUGCGGAAUGGUUCGAUGGAUUGUUAUGGCACGGAAUCCUCGUGCGGGCUCAAUUCCUUCGAUGAUACGACGAACGUGCAACGCAUUGAUCUGCGCGGAGGCUCUAUCUCUCCUGGUUUGUUGAGCUAUGGUUCCCCUCUCGGUCUUGUGGAGAUCGCAGGGGAGCCUUCGACGUCUGAUGGCUAUGUCUAUGACCCACUGACGGGCAAGGUACCGAGCGUCAUUGGAGGCGAUGAGGCAGUUAUCCGUGCAGUCGACGGUCUACAGUUUGCUGGACGAAGUGCAUUACUCGCCUAUCGCGCGGGUGUCACGACGGGAAUCUCGGCCCCCCUGUACAGAGGAUCCUACGGUGGCUUGGGCACCUCUUUCAACCUCGGGGCUGAGAACAAGCUGGAAUUCGGCGCGGUCAUCCAGGAGACGACCGCUCUUCAUGUCUCCGUGCGCCAUUUUGGGACACAACCCAGCGUAAGCACGCAGAUCGCUGUCUUGCGCCAGCUGCUGCUCUCGGGUGCUUCAGCGACGAAAGCUUCGGCUACCUCGAACGAACGAAUCGGUGCAUUCGCAGAUGUUGCCAGAGGUAACAUACCGAUCGUCAUAGAGGCACACAGCGCAGACAUCAUCGCGACGCUCAUCGCUCUCAAAGCUGAGGUUGAGGCCAAGACAAGUUCCAAGAUUAGAAUGACCAUCUCUGGCGCCACGGAGGCGCAUCUCCUCGCCAAAGAGCUUGGAGAAGCCAACGUCGGGGUCGUCCUUGUGGGCUCGAGACCUUAUCCCUCGGUGUGGGAACAACGACGGAUUCUCCCUGGGCUUCCGCUCUCGAAGGAAAGCGGGAUCUCUCUCCUCAUCGCGAAUAAUGUGACGGUUGGCGUCGGCACUUUAGAAGCCGCGACAGCGCGCAACGCGAGAUUCGAAGUCGGAUGGGCCGCACUACAAGCCGACGGACGCAUCUCGAAAGCACAGGCCCUCGCUCUCGCGUCGACGAACCUCGAGAAACUACUGGGCGGUAAGGUAGAGACCACGACCGCGACCACGACCGUUGGUGCCAUGGCAGAUCUCGUCGCGACGGAGGGCGGAGACCUGUUGAGUUUCGAGGGGAAGGUGGUCGCUGUGAUGUCCUCCAGGAGGGCGACGGUCGAUCUGUUCUGAUUCAGAGAAACGACUGUCAAAUCGAGACUGUACUUCUACUCUGACUCUUAUGCUCCUUCGUGCAU